AUGAAGAUGGGUGGGACCUUAUCUCCGUCGAUGACGGCACCGACGUCUUUGGGGAUGUUUCCGCUCAACCCAGUCAGCAGUGCCAGCACGCUCGGGCGAGCACAUACGCCUGUGCCGAUCUCGCCGACGCCAUCAACAGCGCCGACAUUCUCGUUUUCGAACACCGCUCUGACGGCAUCUGCCAUGUCAAACACGUUAACUACCGCGCAUUCGUUGAAGGGGGUCCAAGAUUUGGCGCAACCGGCGGAAAAUGUAUCGCCGUACGGCGCUGCGCUUGAGCUGCCGCCGAAAAUUCACGACGAAACGACGCACUCGACUUUACGCACGCACGGUUCUGCCGCGGCGGUUUUUCUGGCUGCAGCGUGGACUCCACGAUUGAAACCGCACUUGUGGAUGACGGGACGUGGUUCGCUCGCGCUGAAACCAAGAGGUAGUGUGUUGGCGUCGCAACCAAGCCGAGGCGCGACAGUGAAAAGUGCCGCGAGCGAGUGGUUGUUGACACCGCGGUCGAACCCGAGGGAUUUAUUCAUAAAGCCAACGGACACUUCGAACGAGAGCAUUCGCGAGGUCGAACCUCCGUUAUCCCUCGCGACUUUGACGGGAGGAGGUGCGGUCAUCUAUGACGAAAGCGCGAUCAUACUCAGCGAGAACGCGAAGAAGGCGGGGUACUCUUUUGACUGGGCUGUCGUAGAAAGUCCGUCGACCAUCGGUAGUGUCUCCGGCACAUUGACGCGCAUGCUGCGCGGAUUCAGGGUGACUCGAAAAGAUUUCGGUUCCGUACGUUGGAUUGAUCCCGUGGACAUAUCGCAUCUCACGAGAUGCAGCCUCGAUCGUUUGGUUCGCAUCGAACGCGGUGCAGUGUACGUAUAUGGCGACAGCGACACAAAAGACAACAGGUCGCCGAUUCCUGUGCCGCCCCCUGGGGAAGGUUUAAAGAAGCGAGCCGCGGUCGUUUUGCUCGGUGUGAAGCCGACGAAAAGUUCGCAAACCGGGGGCACGUUCGCGAAGAGGGUCGUCAAGCGUACGCGAGCGAUGGGCGCUGAGUUGGUCGAGUACGAUGAGGGAAAUGGAGUAUGGCGCUUCGAGCUCGAGCUGUAAUCGCAGUCGAGGAAGCAGAGCAUCUGGAACGUGCGAGUAAUAAGAAUGAGAUAGAAAUGUUUAAAUACACGAGAUGUCUCGUUAGG